AUGGCGAAGGUGAUUCUGCUCCUUGCAACCUGCGCUGUAGUGAGAGGGGAUUACAACCUCUUUACAAAUCCUACCCACUUUCAAGAUUUUUCGGGCUAUCAAGAGGAUAACAGGGUUGCAGAUGGCGGUGUACAGGCUGAAAGACUGCCAGUUAAUGGGUUUGGAGACAUUAAAAGUACAUUAACAGGUCCAGGAGGCUAUCUAAGCUUCAGCAACCCACCACCGCCACCAGGCUCCACGCAGGAUCCGGCAUCGCAAACAUGCGCAGUGCCACCAUCGUUUUGCCCUAAAUCUCGCUACCGUACUCUUGAUGGAAGCUGUAAUAACCCUCUGAGACCCAGCCUUGGUAUGCCACAGACACCUUACCAGAGGCUUCUUCCGUUCAACUAUUAUGACGGUAUCAGCCAACUACCCAAGUCGGUUACUGGAGAAGAACUGCCAAAUGUACGUGAGAUCAGUAUAACUGUUUUCCCAGACAAGCCCCUAAUAGACCCUAAAUGGAACUUGAACGCCCAGCAGUGGGGACAAAUCAUCACUCAUGACAUGUCUCUGACCGCUGGAAACCCGCAAAGUCAUCGCAAUCCAAUCGUAUGUUGCGAUGAUGAGGGUGUUCUCGCGUCAGACUAUAAAACAAACCCAAAGUGCGCCCCAAUUGUCAUACCCCCAAAUGACCCAAUACACGGACCUCAGGGCACACAAUGUAUGAAUUUUGUUAGAACUGGAACCACGAGAGACAGGAGGUGCACACCAGCCAAUGCUCCUGCGCAACCGCUGUCAUCUGUCACCUCAUACAUGGAUCUUUCGCUAGUCUAUGGAAACAGCGAGAGACAAUUGCAGUCUAUCCGUGAAUUCCGUGGCGGGAGAUUAUUAACAAUAUUAAGGAAUGGCCGUGAGUGGCCCCCGCAAGACCCUAAUGUCACAAUGACCUGCGAAUCUGCGCAGUCACCGAACGAACCCUGCUACUUGACUGGUGAUAUUCGUGUCAAUCAGAACCCACAAUUAACGAUUCUUCAAGUUAUUUUGCUCCGCGAACACAAUCGCAUCGCAAACAAGCUGGCAGCAAUGAAUCCCUGGUGGAGCGAUGAAACAACAUUCCAAGAAGCGCGCCGGAUUCAUGUCGCACAAAUCCAGCACAUUAAUUAUUAUGAAUAUCUUCCUAUAUUCCUUGGAUUGGAAAACAUGUUAAAGAACAAGUUAAUAUACCGCGGUGUUCAUUCACACGUGUCCGAUUACAACCCUCAAGUGGACCCAUCCGUUCUGGACGAACAUGCGACGGCAGCCUUCAGACAUUUCCAUACUUUGAUACGAGGAUAUUUGCACUUGAUAACGGAGGACAGACAGCUGGCAGGCUACGCCCGUUUGAGUGAUUGGUUCAAUCGACCACUACUAUUAGAACUCGACAACAUCUUCGACAAGUUGACUUUGGGUCUAACAUUUCAGCCACAAGGGUUCAGCGAUCGCUUCUGGGAUAGCGAAAUAACUCAGUUUCUGUUCCGCCGUAACCAAACAUUUGGCGGUGAUCUACGAGCGACAGAUAUACAACGUGGUCGCGACCAUGGCUUGGCUAGCUACAUUGACACUAGAGCUGCUUGCGGACUCCCAGUACCCCGAAGCUUCCAGGAUAUGACAGAUUUCAUACCUAAAAAAAGCGUAGACCUACUCGAAACUCUAUACAGCGACGUGAGAGACGUCGAAUUGGUCGUCGCUGGGUCUUUGGAGGUGAACGCACAUGGAGCGCAAGCUGGUCCCACGUUCCUAUGCAUCCUCACUGAACAAUUCUACAGAACCAGAGUGGGUGAUAGAUAUUUCUAUGAAAAUGGAGACCCCGAAGUUGCCUUUACCUUAAGUCAACUGAAGUCUAUUCGUAGAGGAGCGUCAAUGGCACGAAUCCUUUGCGAUAACGCGGACAAUAUUCAAUUUAUGCAGCCACGGGCCUUUGAACUCGUCGCAGCUGGAAAUACACCAGUCCCCUGCAGCCGUCUACCAUCAAUAGAUUUAAGUUUAUGGCAGGACGAGAGAAGACAUUUCGGAUGA